UCCAUCUCGAAUGCAGUCGGACGUAAACAUCGGAGUCUGCGACCAGGAUUUUGGGCGAUUCUCGACCAUUUUAUCUUUUCAAAUUUCUUCCCGGUGUUCCCUGGGCCAUGGAGGCUGCAGGAACGAGCACAGGGAGGAACACUAGAUAUAUGAUGGAGGGUGUUGGUGCGAGAGUCAUUCGAGGUCCUGACUGGAAAUGGGGAAAACAGGAUGGUGGGGAAGGCCAUGUAGGCACUGUAAGAAAUUUUGAAUCGCCAGAAGAAGUUGUUGUUGUUUGGGAUAAUGGAACAGCGGCAAACUACAGAUGUGCUGGUGCUUAUGACCUUCGUGUACUCGACUCAGCUCCAACUGGAGUUAAACAUGAAGGAACUAUGUGUGAUACAUGUCGACAGCAACCAAUAUUUGGUAUAAGAUGGAAAUGUGCAGAGUGUAGCAAUUAUGACCUAUGUUCUGUUUGUUACCACAGUGACAAGCAUAGCCCAAGACACCGAUUUUAUCGUAUUACUACAAUUGGCUGUGAAAGAGUAUUAUUAGAGCCAAGACGGAAAAGCAAAAAGAUAGGAAUACGAGGAAUCUUCCCUGGUGCAAGAGUAGUGCGAGGAGUGGAUUGGCAGUGGGAAGACCAGGAUGGAGGGAAUGGACGACGAGGAAAGGUUUCUGAGAUUCAGGACUGGUCGGCGGCGUCCCCUAGAUCAGCUGCUUAUGUCAUAUGGGAUAAUGGGGCUAAGAAUCUGUAUCGUGUUGGCUUUGAGGGAAUGGCGGACCUUAAGGUAGUCAAUGAUGCCAAAGGCGGAACUGUUUACCGUGAUCAUCUCCCACUACUUGGUGAGCAAAACCCCGGCCGCUCGGGACCCCACGGGCUGGCCAUCGGAGACCAAGUAAGUGUGAAUGUUGACUUGGAGCUAGAGAUAGUGCAGUCCCUUCAACAUGGUCAUGGUGGCUGGACAGACGGAAUGUUUGAGUGCUUGGGCACCACCGGUACUGUUGUGGGCAUCGACGAAGACCAUGAUAUUGUUGUUGCAUAUCCAUCAGGAAAUAGGUGGACCUUCAAUCCUGCUGUGCUGACUAAGGUCGGUGGAGGAGUUCUGGUAAGCAAUGAGAGCAACACCAGCCAGCAAUUUAGUGUUGGUGAUUUGGUACAAAUAUGUGCUGAUCUCGAACGCAUCAAGAUCCUUCAACGUGGCCAUGGAGAGUGGGCAGAGGCUAUGGUACCAACUCUUGGAAAAAUAGGUCGUGUUCAACAAAUUUAUCAUGAUAAUGACUUAAAAGUAGAAGUUUGUGGUACUUCCUGGACAUAUAAUCCUGCUGCUGUGACUAAGGUUGCUUCUGAUGGAGCUGUACCAGGAGCUGCAAGUGGUGAGAGAUUAAGUGCCCUUCUAAAGAAGAUAUUUGAGGCUCACGUUUCUGGGGACUUGAAUGAAGAGUUAGUUAAAGCAGCAGCUACCGGUGAUGCACAAAAGGUUGAUGAAAUACUCAAGAAAGGUGAUGUAGAUGUCAAUGGAGUGUUUGCUGGUCACACAGCGCUUCAGGCAGCAAGUCAGAAUGGGCACAGAGAGGUCAUUCACAUUCUUUUGAGACACAGUGCACAAGUUGAGAAAGAGGACAAAGACGGGGACCGUGCUAUCCACCACGCAGCAUAUGGAGAUGAACCAGGCGUAGUUCAGAUCCUGGCCAAUUCCGCUGCAGAUCUUAAUGCCCGAAGCAAACGCCGGCAGACGCCCCUUCACGUGGCAGUAAACAAAGGCCAUGUAGGAGUCGUAAAGAUGCUCCUCGAGCUUGGCGGUCACCCAAGCCUUCAGGACCACGAAGGCGAUACUCCGCUUCAUGAUGCAAUCUCCAAAAAGCGUGAUGAUAUUCUAACUCUCCUUUUGGAUCACAUGGCUGACAUCACUCUGACGAACAACAACGGUUUCAACGCCCUUCACCACGCAGCUCUUCGCGGAAACCCAAGGUAAGGAAAUGAUUGAAGG